GUAUCAAGACGCAUGCGUAGUGUCGCCUUACGUGGCAUCGGGCAUCGGUAAUCGGCAGCAGUUGGGAGUUGGAAUUUGCAGUUUCGUUGACAUACAUUUCUUGGAACGUUUUCGCGUAUUUCGAUAAUAUCAAGUUUUGUUAUGAUUCAAACACAUUUUAUGAUAUAACAUGCAGCAUAUUCAGGAGAUAGGCAGGCAGCAUUCGUAUGGCCAACAAUCUGUCAAUCACUCCCAAAUGACAAAUCCUCCAGUGACAGGAGCUCCUAGUUCGCAAGUGUCACCAUCUUUAUCGAUGGGUUCUCAUGGACAUGGGCAAUCUUCUGCAGAUUAUCAAACUCAAGUGGCCCCCAAUCCCCCAAAUGUUAGCCUAUCUCAAUCUGGAAUAGGGCUAUAUAAUUCUGCACUGCCGUCACAAACCAUAGCGAGCAUGACAGGCUUUGCAAAUCCAACAGGCUUAUCGCAAUUUGAACCAAGACAGUUUGCUCCUCCUCUUUCCACAAUGGGGCAAUUUGUAGCGAGUCCUCCAGGCACUAGCCUUCCCCAAGUUCGACAAAAGCAAUACUUACAAACUGCACCUCCGAUGCCAGGCCAGACCAUAGCAAAUCCUACAGGUCUAGGCCUACCGCAGUCUGGACAAAGACAAUAUGGCUCUACUGCGCCUCCAUUGCCAGGGCAGACUUUAUCCACUUCUUUAGGAAUGAAUCGUGCGUCGUCUGCUACUACUUCGAGUUAUCAACAACCAACGUACCAGCAGCCAGGAUAUCAUAAUCAGAUGGAUAUGUAUAAUAAUCAAAGAAGUCUGUAUCAAAGCGGAGUACCUAAUGCUACAGGAUAUCAAUCAGGAUUACAGCCCCAGCAAGCUAGGCGACUCGAUCCAGAACAAAUGCCGAGCCCAAUUCAAGUAAUGCAGGAUGAUCAAAAUAUGAGAGGUGGAGUGUUUAUAACGAAUCAGAGAGGUCUGGUACCACCUCUGGUAACGACAAAGUUUGUAACUCAGGAUCAAGGAAAUGCAUCCCCUAGAUAUAUAAGAUCCACGAUGUAUACUGUCCCUACUACUGCUGAUAUUAUAAAACAGACCAAUGUUCCCUUUGGGCUUGUAAUAAGUCCAAUGGCUCGUAUCGUUCAAGGAGAAUGUGAACCGCCAAUUGUGGAUAUGGGUGAAAUUGGGCCGGUACGUUGCGUGCGUUGUAAAGCGUAUAUGUGUCCGUUUAUGCAAUUUAUCGAUGCCGGCCGAAGAUUUCAAUGCAUAUUCUGCAAAGCCACUACAGAAGUUCCAAACGAAUACUUUCAACACUUGGAUCAUACAGGUCAACGCUUAGAUCGCUACGAAAGACCAGAGUUAAUGUUGGGUACAUUUGAAUAUAUAGCUACAAAGGAUUAUUGCAGGGACAAUGUUUUUCCAAAAUCACCAGCCAUUGUGUUCGUAAUUGACGUUUCAUAUAAUACAAUUAAAUCUGGUUUAGUAAGCUUACUAUGUACAAAAAUGAAGUCUAUAAUAAAAAAUCUACCUAUUGAUGCUGGAAAAACCAAAAGUAACAUGAAAGUUGGUUUUAUAACAUAUAAUAAUACCGUACAUUUCUAUAACAUUAAUUCUUGUCUUGCUCAACCACAAAUGAUGGUUGUUGGAGAUAUUCAAGAUGUAUUUAUGCCGCUUUUGGAUGGAUUUCUAUGCGACGUCGAAGAGAGCGAAACAGUUAUCGACAGUCUUAUGGCACAGAUUCCACAAAUGUUUGCGGACACUCGAGAAACAGAAACGAUUCUAGCUCCUGCCAUACAAGCCGGAUUAGAAUCAUUAAAGGCAUCUGAAUGUUCUGGUAAAUUAUUAAUAUUCCAUUCAUCUUUACCAAUUGCUGAAGCACCUGGAAAAUUGAAAAACCGUGAUGAUCGUAAAGUACUCGGUACAGAUAAAGAAAAAACAGUGUUAAUACCACAAAACAAUGUCUAUAAUAAUUUGGGUCAAGAAUGUGUUGGUGCAGGUUGCAGUGUAGAUCUGUUUAUCUUUAACAAUUCAUAUGUAGAUGUGGCAACAAUUGGUCAAAUUUGUCGACUCACUGGAGGAGAGAUUUAUAAAUACACUUACUUUCAAGCUGAUAUUGAUGGUGAAAGAUUAAUUUCAGAUGUAAUUAAUAAUAUUAGUAGACCAAUCGCUUUUGAUGCUGUUAUGCGGGUACGUACAUCUACAGGUGUUAGGGCGACCGAUUUUUAUGGGCACUACUUUAUGUCCAAUACAACUGAUAUGGAAUUAGCCAGCAUAGAUUGCGACAAGGCUAUUGGAAUAGAAGUUAAACAUGACGACAAACUGACCGAUGACGAAGGUGUAUACAUUCAAGUAGCUUUGCUGUAUACUUCUUGCGGUGGUACAAGAAAAUUACGAAUCAUAAAUCUGAGUCUGAAAACUUCGUCGCAAAUGGUCGAACUAUAUCGCGCGUGCGAUUUAGACGCCAUUAUAAAUUACUUUUCCAAGCAAAAUGUAUUUAAAUUACUGGAAUCCACUCCAAAAACGGUAAAAGAUAACUUGAUAGCGAGAUGCGCAAAUAUGCUGGCUAUAUAUCGAAAGCACUGUGCGACACCAUCUAGUGCUGGGCAAUUAAUAUUACCGGAAUGUAUGAAAUUACUCCCACUUUACAUUAAUUGUUUAUUGAAAAGCGACGCUUUGUCAGGAGGAGCUGAUAUGACCAUCGACGAUCGAUCUUAUGUCAUGCAAACAGUUGCAACGAUGCCUAUUUCCAUAUCCAUUGCAUACACUUAUCCUAGAUUAUUUCCGUUGCACGACGUUGAUCCUCAAGACACAGAAUUACCACCAAUGUUGCGCUGCUCUAUUGACAAAUUUUCAGACGAUGGCGCGUAUCUACUUGAAAAUACUAUCCAUAUAUUCUUAUGGUUGGGUAUAGCGCUUUCCUCCCAAUGGGUACAGAAUGUCUUUGGUGUGCCUUCAGUGGUCCAAGUCGAUACUGACUGCGCUGCAUUGCCAAUAUUAGACACUCCUUUAAAUAAUAGAAUUACGAAUAUUAUCAAUCGAAUACAUGCUGAAAGGCAUCGCUGUAUGAAAUUAACAAUAGUGAGACAACGUGAGAAACUGGAAAUGGUGUUACGACAUUUUUUAGUUGAAGAUAGAGGAAAUGAUGGAAGCCCUAGCUAUGUCGAUUUCCUAUGCCACAUGCACAAAGAAAUAAGAACACUUCUUAGUCAAUAAAUAAUUUUUUAAAUAA